ACAGACACCAUGGUGCAUCUGACUCCUGAGGAGAAGAAUGCCGUCACCACCCUGUGGGGCAAGGUGAACGUGGAUGAAGUUGGUGGUGAGGCCCUGGGCAGGCUGCUGGUGGUCUACCCUUGGACCCAGAGGUUCUUUGAGUCCUUUGGGGAUCUGUCCUCUCCUGAUGCUGUUAUGGGCAACCCUAAGGUGAAGGCUCAUGGCAAGAAAGUGCUUGGUGCCUUUAGUGAUGGCCUGAAUCACCUGGACAACCUCAAGGGUACCUUUGCCCAGCUCAGUGAGCUGCACUGUGACAAGCUGCAUGUGGAUCCUGAGAACUUCAAGCUCCUGGGCAACGUGCUGGUGUGUGUGCUGGCCCAUCACUUUGGCAAAGAAUUCACCCCGCAAGUGCAGGCUGCCUAUCAGAAAGUGGUGGCUGGUGUGGCUAAUGCCCUGGCCCACAAGUACCACUAAGCUCACUUUCUUGCUGUC